UUACAUCAAUUUUUCUAUGACACCACUAACAAAAACAUUGUCCGCUCUUUUAUAAGUUUCAAAAGCAUUUAUUGACUGCAUGAUUGUUGGAAACAAAGCUUUUUUCGAGCACUAAAAACGUUGAAAAAGAAAUGCCCAACAACGUGAAAAUUGUUGUUAAAUUACGGCCGAGAUCGGGUAAGGAAGUUCUUGCGAAUCUAAGAGAACAAUGGACCAUUGUUGGCAAUUCGUUAAGAUGUUCAACGAAAUCGUUUAAGUUUGACUACAUAUUGAGCUCUUCAUCCACGAACACUGAUGUGUUCGUUGGAGUCAUCGAACCCAUGGUAGAAUCGUUUAAAAAUGGAUUCAACGCGACCAUAUUCACGUACGGUGAAAAGGCGUCGGGCAAAACGUAUACCAUGGAUGGAACAAAUGAGGAUCCUGGAAUAAAGAUUCUGGCUGUUGAACAUUUAUUCAGAGGAAACCAAUCAGGAACCAAACGCCGUCAGUUCAUUAUACGGGCCGGUUACGUGGAAAUUUAUAACGAAAUGAUUUAUGAUCUGCUGAAUCGUCGUCAAAAUGUCCACUUCGAUUCUAAUAGCAGAAAAAUGUCGAACACAGAGGUGAUCGUUAAAGACCGAUGGACACUUCUUAAACUUCUGCAGAAAGGAAACAAUGCCAAAACUCCGAAAACCGGGAAUACACGUUCGACCAGCCAUACAAUACUUCAAAUUAUUAUCGAGUCACAAAAUGAAGAAAAUGGGACAUUUCAUGUCAGUUAUUUGAAUCUUGUUGAUCUGGACCGAUCAGAAGGAGCUCAAGUUAAAGAUGAAUGUGGCACAUGUGUCGAUAAAAGCCUGGAAUAUUUCAGUGAAGCAAUUACCGCCCUUGGCAAUGGUGAAAAAUUUCGACAAUUUUCAAAGUCCAAAUUGACUCGAAUACUGAAGACAACAUUAAGUGGACAAGCUAACAUUGCAAUAAUUUGCAACAUUAAUCCAACCGUAUUGAAGCAAACAAUAAGCACUCUCAAUUUCGCUGAAGAAGCCCAAAAAGCUACAACGUGGGCAAAAUGCAACAAAGUCCAAUCUGACGAUCUGAUAAUAAAAAAGGUGAAUGACGAACUGAUGAAGAUCGCAACACAUCCCCCGAGUGACUCCACGAAACUCGACGAAAAGUUAGCUGAACUGCAAUCCAUCAUUUUAAUGGGAAAGGAUAUGCAACCCAAGCGCCGCAGUACUAUCAAACGAAACGCAACGGAAGUUUUGAAGGUUCGUCCCUUUUUCGUUGAUGAGGGCUGGAACCGAGAUAAGAAAUAUCAAAUCGGUGAAAUGGAUGGUAGAUGCGUAGAUUCGCAGUCAAGAGCUCAACGCAAAUGCAUGGCCUUCAAAUGGUCCGACUACUAUUUGGAACGUGUAGGGUUCGAGAUAAACGGAAAGAUGCGACGCAAUUUGAAAUAUGGCAAAAACCUGAUCGGUCGUUCUGAUGUGGACGACGACAUUGACAUUUGCGUUGGUUCGUUGGAAUGUUCUCGAAAGCACUGCACCAUUACGGUGGCAGACGAUGACUCUGUUUCGCUCACCGAUCUAAAUUCAUCGAACGGAACCACCAUAAAUGGAGUCAUAAACAAAGGACAAACGGUUAAUAUUCGUGAAGGCGAUGUGAUUGGUAUAGUGACCAAGGGCAGCAGCUCACUUUCGUUUUUUAUUGGAAACUUCGAUUGCACGGUCUAUCGACUACGUAUGUUUGCCACAGAAACUAUGCAAACAUACGAUCUGAACGACGAUAGUACCGCAGUUGUUAUAAGCGAUGACGACGCUGACUAUGACGGAACGUCAUAUCUUCCGGUGAAAAUGGAAGUUGAUUUACCACCGCCUUCCGUAUUUAUUGAAGUGCAAACUUCCACUGAAGAGUGUACGGUAACCGAAGAGUCUACGGUAAACCAGUGUGCGGAAAAAAUUCAGUCAUUCGAAGAUAUUGCACCAAAUUCAGGUGAUUUGUUAACGGAUGCGGACUUUCCGAGUUGCAGUCUGAUCGUGGAUGAUACAAUUCCAUUUGAUGAUCUGGGCGAUAUUAUUGGGUCACACAUAGCGGAAGUGGAAACCUCAAAUUUGGGCAAUUUGGCUCGGGAAUUGGACAUGCUGGCAAAUGUCCAAAUGGAAAAUGCCAGACUGGCACAAAAAUUUGAGGAAAUAAAUCGGGACUACGAGAAGAACAAAAAAUUGUUUGCCGAAGAGCGUGGAGUCGCUCAAUUGAAAAUGGUUGCAAUGGCUGAAGAGAAAUCGAGAUUGACGGCAGAGACUAAAUGGCUUCAGAUGAAGCUAACUGCAAUAACCGAAGAAAAGAAUGCUCUGCAAGCCGAAAAUUCAAAACUGCGAGCAAUUCAAAACGAACUGCAUGAUUACUACAAAGAACAAUUAAACAAAAAAGCAUGAAUUUAAUCAAUCAAUAUAUCAUAUUGCACGACUUUUUUUUUGAAAAGUGAUAUUUUGUAUCAUUUUAGAUUUAGAACUUGAAUUAAGUCUUAUUGCCUGACAUUAAUAUUUUUGAUUUGUGUAUUUUUUAUCAUUUUAUAUUAAAAUGAAGUAAAUCGGUAAAAAGAUCUCGUUGA